CGCUUUAUUGUUUGGUGGCUAUUUCUGGUUUGGCAAGAACGCCUGCUGUGGCUGAAUAACAAUAAAGGAUUUUCAUUGUUAAAAAUGAACGACGAUCAGAUUGAGGAACAGUAUUGUAUUGGCAAAAAUGUGGUUAACACAGCUAAAGCACCGGCAGCAAUUGGUCCUUACAGCCAAGCCGUUUACUCUACUGGCUCAGAGCAUUCUGGUAAAAAUGAAGAAAUCUGGGAAGCUCCGCAUUAUCUUUUCCUGAGUGGUCAACUUGGCAUUGUUCCUAGCACAAAUGAAUUCGCUACUGGAGACAAUCCAGUCCAUGCUCAAACUGUUCAGGCAAUGAAGAAUAUUGAGCAAGUUUUGAAGGCUGCUCAUAGUUAUGCUACUUUCGAUAACAUUGUAAAGACGACAAUUCUUUUGGUUGAUAUGACUGCUUUUCCUGUUGUGAAUGAAGCCUACAAACAAUUUUUUGAUGAGAAAAAGGGCUAUCCUGCGCGUUCUUGCUAUCAAGUGUCAGCAUUGCCUAAAGGUGGACUUGUUGAAAUUGAGGCUAUUGCUGCUUUGUCGACAAAAUCACAGAAUACGCUUUGGGCUUAG